AUGACAAUUUGCUUUUUGCGUUACGGUGCAGGCAGAAUUAAAAAGUAUUUGCGUUUAGGAAAAAUAUUGUCACCUGAAUAUUUCGUCUACUAUCGCUCAUUAUCGGUAGGUCAAUUUACCAUAAAUGAUGAGGAUGAGUCAGUAACGUUUGGUUUCGAUUAUGAUUAUAAUUCUAUUAUGCAUUAUGAUGCGUACGCAUUUACAAAAAGCAGCGACAAACCGACGAUCAUUCCAACUGAUCCUACUAGGUCAUACACAAGUAUCGGACAACGAGAAAAACCAACCGACAGUGAUUAUUUCAAGUUAAAUGCUUUAUAUGAGUGCAAUAUUGGUAUUUUGGACAACUUAAAGUUGUCGAUGACGUCACAGAAAAGUGCUAACAUAAGCAAGAAAUUAUUGCCAUCAUUUCGUCUGUUUCAUGACUGUGUAUGGUUUAAUUCACUAGCAACUGAUAAUAUUGUUUAUCAUCAGCAACAUUAA